AUGCAACCACCGCAGGUGAGGUCAAAUGCAGAGGGAAGGGGAACCGUGUUGUUGUUGAUGGCAGGUGCAUCGGACAUAUCUGGCCAAACCUGACCGGGAGAAAUGGAGACAGACAAAGCUGUGUUGUGUGAGAGCCUUGUUAUAUGGGUGAGUGAUGUCUGUGAUGUCCUCUGUUCAUUCCGAGAGCGCUUUAAAGCGUCUGAUUGCAUGAAUGUUUACUGUGUUGAUCGAUGACUGUAUCGUUUACCUGUGGCAGGUAAAUUAGUGUCAGGACAAAAGCAAUCAGGAAAUGGGACACGAUUUGGAAAUCCACCUGUUCUCUCCUAUUUAUAAUAAUUUAGGCCUACAGUAGCCUAAUGUUAAUGUAUUGAUAAACCAUUGUCGAUAUACUACGUCAGCUAGGCUAUAAGAAUAGCCUGUAUAGAGUAUAUACGCAGAUUAGCCGGAUUAAACUCAACGAUUUAUGAUGGAGUUGAGCGGCGACUAGUGUGGGCGGACUGGACCGUCGACGUAUUUAUCAAAAACUAGGCUACUGAUUUCAGUACCCAAAGAAUAGCCCGUAAUUACACACGACAUUGUUCUGUUUAAUUGCGGUCUAUUCUUUGGGGGCUGAAAUCAGUAGUUGUGUUUUUUUAAAUUUAAUUUUAUGCGAGGUUGGAGCUCCAGUCCUCCCACACUAGUAGUAGUUCAACUCCAUCAUAAAUCGUUGAGUUUAGUCUGCUAUGCGCAGAUUGGAUAUUUUAUCUCAAAAUCUACAAUGCACAAAAUGAGCGUUGCCUUGUUUCCAGUUUUGUCUUUAGUUCUUCGACACACAAAGAAAGACAACAAUAUCCCUGAAUUCAGUUGAUCCUCAUCCGAUUUAGGGAGCUAAUCUCAUUAACUGCUAGAUAUUUGUGGAAUGUUGCUCCUUCGAUUAUAGGCCACUAGCCAGUGGCAACUCAUUAAUAAUGUACCUUUCAUUUGGGUUGAUCCUAAACGCCAAAUGUGAAUUGUAGCACCUGUAGGCUACAGUUUUAUUAUGCAACCUUAUUCCUUACAUGGCUUGUAAUAAUUGAGUAACAUUUGAGAUAAUGUCAAUUUGACUUGAAGUCAGGUAGCCUACUAGGUGAGAUUAGAUUGUGUGCCAAGUGUUACAACAUGUCUCUCUCCUGUAGUGGAGCAUUCCCUCCUCCAGUCAAUACAGGACAGAAUAGGACUAGGGCUGCAUCCCAAUAGACCGAAGUGGCUUCCUCUCGUUUUGGGCUAUCCUCCCCUUUAUCUGCAGUGACAUGAGAGAUCGGGCCAAAUGAAAGCUCCUUCCUGUUGGGCAUCCACCCACCAUUGUUUUCAAAUCUUCUGUGACUGAAAAUGAGUGUAAAAGAAAGAGAGGGGACAACAAAGACACUAUUAAGAUGCAUGAUCUUCCUGAACGCUGCGAGGAUAUAACCAGUACAGGACACACAAUGUCAGAGAGUAUAACCAGUACAGGACACACAAUGUCAUUGAAUGAAUAACCACGUUGACUGUGUUUACACAGGCAGCCCAAUUCUGAUAUUUUUCCACUACUCAGAAUCAGAAUGGGCUGCAUGUGUAAAUGCAGCCAUUGAGUUGUGGGGAGCACUACAGUUUACUAGUGGAUGCUAAAGUAUAAGUUGAGGGCACAGGACUGGGAAGGCAGUAUGUAUAUUGUAUUGGAGGUAAAAAGUCCUGAUUGCAGUACUUGGUGUGGCAGUUUUGUAGUGAGUUCUCACCAGACACCAUGGAGACACAGUCCUGUAGGAUUACUUAUUCACAAGUCCAUCAUAGCAGAGUAGGGCCUAGACUAGAGUACUGAUGUCUCUCUGGGGCUGUCGCUCUCACAGUGACCAUACACAUACACACACCUUUCUUUCUGACCUCAUAUGGCAACCCAACGUUUUAACCAUUAAACCAAGAGGAAAUCCUCAUGGUUUGAGGACGACAAUUGGGCUUGUGUGUUAGGUAGGGCUACUCCGUUACAUGUGCACGCCCAUUAAAUCUUGUUUUUGAUGGUUCAUGACAGGGUUUUCUGUAUGAUCAAUGCAUGUGGAGAUGGAUUUCAGUGCCUCCAACUGACUCUGUCUCAUUUAUUUCCCAGUGUCUCCCGUCUGUACUCUAAUCUGUCAUUCUCUUUGUUUGAAUCCACCCUGUCUCAGCUCCAGACCUUUAACACUGGGUCACCAUGUACAACUGUAGCGGAGCUGACCACUGGAGCUGCCAUGUCUCAGGCCUUGCAUCAGAUGUGAGUAACGCACAAACACACGCUGAAUUAAUCUAAAUGUCUUCCCAGUGCAAUGUGUUUUCUCUGACACAUGACACACACACAUUAAUACGCGCCCCUCCGGUGACUCCGGAGACGUGCUCUGACCAACUACUGUCUGUCAUAUGCACGCAGGCAAAUGAGAUCAUGCUGCAGGCAUCAAAGAGAAGAAAUAGACAUGUUUACAUUUUUAGUCAUUUAGCAGAUGCGCUUAUCCAGAGCGACUUACAGUUAGUGAGUGCAUACAUUUUCUUUUUUUCAUACUGGCCCCCCCGUGGGAAUCGAACCAACAACCCUGGCGUUGCAAGCGCCAUGCUCUACCAACUGAGCUACACGGGGCCCAGAACUGAUUGUUUAGAACUGAUAAUUGAUCGCAUGGUGCAAGAAUUAAUACAAUUAAUUGAUUAUUGAAUGUUAUGAUGGACGCAGCUUUGUAGAACCAAAACAUACACAGCCUCUGCUCAACAAACUCAAACUCGAGAACGAUAUUUAGCUUAACACCCUCACGGCAGUCAAGCAAUGCAUUCCGCUAAGAGUCGUUCACAACUUGUUUCAAAUGUACCAAGAAAUGAUCGUAUUUGUAUGCCUAGCAAUCAACAAAUGUACAUUGUUUAAAGCAUGAUUUUACAAGUUUCAGUCACAAAUGACAGCUCCAAUAAGCCCCUUAUGGUGAACGACGUGAAUGAGUGGCUUGUAGAAUCAUGACUAUUUCAAGUUUUCACUUCAUCGUUCGCUGGUAGGGGGUCCUGCGUGCUCUGGGCAUUACUGACUCAAACGAACAAAAUGAGUCGAAAGAUUUGUUCUUUUGACUGAACGAGUUGAAAAGAUCAGUCAGUAAAAAGAGCCAAACUUCCCAUCACUAAAAUACAUUAUUAAUUUAUACUGUCUUCCCCUGGCUGAAUAUGUGUCAGAUUUUUGGGUUUGAUAUUUUCUGAUUUGAAUAUGGUUGUUUAGCAGACGUUUUCUGUCCAAUGCUUAUGCAUGUGUGUUGUGCUUUGCAGAGAUCCAGCGUGGUUCAGUAAAAGUUGGCUCGGUCGCAUUAAAGAAGAUGUUGGGGAUAACUGGAGGCUCAAAGUACUGAACUCCAUACUUACCUCUUUCUGCCCAUCCCUUUUCUCUCCUCCUCCCUCUUUCUCUCUGUACUUCCAUUCCUAAUUCCCUUGCUAUCCUUCCUUUCUUCCCUUACUGACCUAAAAACCAGAGUGACUGCUCUCUGCUGGCCCUGUUAGUAUUUUAGCCAACCAUUAGCCUUUCAAUGCUAUCAUCCUCACACCAGAAAAGACUCACUCAGAAUUUCUUUGAGGUGUACACUUUGUUUAUCUAGAGUGAAGACUUUGUAACUUCUUUCUCCAGAUGAACAACCUGAAGAAGAUCCUUCAGAUGAUGGUGGAUUACUACAAUGAGGUAGGUAGAAAGAAACAUGUUGAGUUAUGUCUGGUUAUAACUGUUCUAUUCUUUCUAUGGCACUAGGUUGUAGCCCAGCAGAUCUCAAUACUUCCACAGUUUGGUUAUGAAUGGUUAAUACCAUGGCAGCCUCACAAUAGAUGUUCUAUUCACUUGCGUCACUUGGUCCUGAGCCAGCAGAUCUGACUUCCUCCUGCCAGACCUGGUCCAGGUUAUAACCCUUUAUGUCUGGUUAUAACUGUUAUAUUCUCUGUCUGUGUCACUAGGCCCUGAGCCAGCAGAUCCAGGAGUUUCCCUUGCCAGACCUGGUGAAGGUGGCAGAACAGUCCGACCCUGUAGAACUGGGACGACUGCUGCAGCUCAUACUGGGCUGUGCUGUCAAAUGUGAACGAAAACAAGGUAGCGCCCACACACACACACGGUGCAGUCCCAGAGGCUGAACUAGAAUGGUUCAACAACACUAUAUUGUUGCCUUGCCAAGACAAUGACAAAGGAGUCAGCUAAAUCUGUAACAGACUGGCACCCAAAACAGAAACUGUGUGUGUGUAAUUCCCCCCCCACCUCACUUUCUCUCUCUUCAUCUUCUUCCAUCCUCUCUCUCUCUCCCCCUCCAGAGUACAUCCAGGUCAUCAUGACUCUGGAGGAGUCCGUACAGCAUGUGGUGAUGACAGCCAUUCAGGAGGUGAGGCUUGGCCUGACCAGGGCCAUUCUCUCUGAUUGAUUUUAAAUAGUGUGACGUACGGUAGGAUCUUAGAAUUGCCUAUAUGUAUUAAAAAGCCAGUUACCAAUACUGUGAUGUUGUUAAAGUACAUCCAUGACUUCUCUUUGGCUUUAGAGAGAAAGUCAUGUUAGACCACCUGUUGUGUGUGUGUGUGUGAGAAUGAGUAGGAACGAAGUUGUCUCUAAGCAAACAUGUACCAUGUCUCUCUCUCUGUCAGCUGAUGAGUAAAGAGAACAUGGCCCAGUUUGGAGCAGAGCCACCGGGGGACGUAGAAUCACAGGUGAGAGGAGGAGAUCCACUGUGUUAGGCCUCUAAUAGUCUAUAUAUAUAUAUAUAUAUAUAUAGUUGUUGCUGACUGUGCAUGUCCCUCUAGUUGACACUGGAGGACCUGGAACAAGAGGUGAGAGGUGAUGCACUGUGUUAUAGGGAUCUAAUAGAAUGCUGUUGUCUGUAUUAUAGUUGUUGUUGAUUGUGUGUCUCCGUAGUUGACCGCUUGUCUUAGACUAGUUAGUACUGUGAUAUUGCUAGUCUCUCCCCGUGCUUGCUGAAGUAGGCUGGCUGUAGAGAAGCUAGCUAUUGUUAAGUGUGUGUGUGUGUUUACCAGUUGAAGAAGGCUCUUGAGGACCUGGCGGAUCUGAUGGCAGAGAAGGAGGAACUAGCCCAGCGCUGUCAGGAGCUCGACGUACAGGUACACACAUGCACAAACCCACUUUCUACAGGCCCCCAAACCGAAGCAUUGACUAAGCUCGCUGCACACAGUCUAGACUAAAUGAGUUCGAUCAAGGUUACUGGAGUGGAUAUUACACUUACCAUCCAUGAGAUUUAGCUGUCACACACAACCCUGGUAGAGUAUAAACUAGUGAUGGGGGGGGGGGGAAAUUGAUAGUUACAUAUCAUUAUAUUAUUUUUGGACGAUAUCAUAUCGAUAUUUGACUCCAAGUAUCGAUUUGUUGUUUGUUAUUGCUAUUGUAGGUAGCAUUAGCUAGCGCUAGUCAGCUGUACCUGCGGCAAUACUCAGGUAUUCUUUUAUCCUAUAGCUUGUUCUCCAUCUUUUUUUUAAAUAGCGAGUCAACAUGUUUUCAUGAUCAAAACUUGUUUUCUCAUUUUCUCUGCAGCAGUGGGCAAUAUGUUUGGAACAUCAAAUCGCAAUAGAAUUGCAGUAUCGAAUCUCAAUACAUAUAGAAUCGUAAGAAUCGCAGUACAUAUCGUAUUGGCACCUAAGUAUUGGGAUAAUAUUGUAUCGUGAGGUCCCUGGCAAUUCCCAGCCCUAUUAUAUACUGGGUCUGUUUUAUGUGCUAUGAUGCCAUUGUCUGUGGCUGGUGGAGCUGAAGGGCUGUGGUUUUACAGACUGGGCCACUCUGCUCUCCCCCUGCCUGCUCACUCUGCCGUAUCCUGCUAUGCCUGGCUGGGGAAAACACAGGACAGGACAGAACCCUGCUGCUGGUUACUGAUUAGGUCAAGUUCAUAAUAGUCAAAUCUAUGUAAAGGUACUGAUGCUGUUGAAUGGGUCUAUCGUCUCGUGUCUACAGAUUGAGUUGUUACAGUAGAUCACCAGUUUCUCUCUUCACGGACACACAAAGGUAAGUUCACAUGGCUGCAUGGCUGCUCGUCGUCGAGGUGGACUAAACACAUCUAAUGGCUGGUUGCUGAGGCUGUCUAAAACAUCUGUACCCUCUCUUGCUCUCUGUCACUAACACGUAUCACCAGGUGUGAAAGUAAGGCGGUACGGCAUCUCGGCAAAAUAAAUAGUUUGGGUACGCCGUACCAGUAAAACAUGAACCUAUCACAAUAAUUAAAACAAAAUGUCAACAAAACUCUCGGCUAUUACACCAUUAUUUAUCAUUACCGCAUGUCAGAGGCAUGAUAAAUUAGCGAAUGGACUUAAAAACGGGUGGUAUAGCCUAUGCUCCAAAAUGCGAUGUGGUUCGACGAGAGCACAGACAUUUUGCAGGCAGAGAUUAGUGGCCGAUGCGCGGACAGUGGAUGCAUAAAUCCUGGCUUAAUGACAAUCGCCAAAUGUCAUUACACUUUUUGGUGUUUUGUGUAAAAGAUGUCUCUUUCCAUUCACCACUGUUUUAAGGCUGGAAAUAUGUUGGGAGUGGAUGAACGUGUCUGGGUAGCCUAGUAAAGGAGCCCUUUUGAAGUGAUUGUUUGACAAUCGGAUGAAAGUGUCAUGACUGGUUGUGUUUAUGCAACAAUAAAAGGUAAUACAUUUUAAAAGUUAAAUGACAAAUCUUUGACUAGGCCCACAGAGAUCCUAUUGACUUAAUAGGGAUUCUAUAUGUAAUUCUAUGAUUAGGUGGCAAAUAUAAAGAUCCAGUCCACCUAAAAAACUGGAGGCCCCUUACACUUCAGUGUAGUGAUGCCAAAAUUUUAGCAAAAUGUAUAGCGCUUAGAAUUAAAAAGGUAUUGUCAGAUAUUAUUCAUCUUAAUCAGACAGGUUUUUUACAUGGACGAUACAUUGGAGAUAAUGUAAGACAAGUAUUGGAAACAAUAGAACACUGAAAAAUCUAGAAACCAGGCCUGGUAUUCAUAGCUGAUUUUGAAAAGGCCUUUGAUAAAGUACGACUAGAAUGUAUAUAUAAAUGUAUGGACUAAAGGGUUAAAGUUAUGUGUACUGUAGUAACCCCAGGUGUAAAAUAGUAAAUAAUUGCGACUUCUCAGAAAGUAUUAAACUGUCAAGAGGAGUAAAACAAGGUUGUCCACUAUCUGCAUAUCUAUUAAUUAUGGCCAUAGAAAUGUUAGCUAUUAAAACCAGAUCCAACAGUAAUAUCAAGGGGCUAGAAAUCCAGGGCUUAAAAACAAAGGUGUCAUUGUACGCUGAUGACUCGUUUCCUUUUAAAUCUGCAAUAUGGAUCCCUGUACAGCCUCAGAGGAUCUAGAUAAUCCAGAGAGGUUAGAGAAAUUGUGUACUAUAUUAUGUAUUGGAUCACUUCAAAAAAGUUAAACUUUUACAUUACCGUGUAGUUUACCAAUAAAAUGGUCUGACGGUGAAGUGGACAUACUCGGUAUUCAUAUCCCGAAAUAAAUGGGUGAAGUGGACAUACUCGAUAUUCAUAUCCCGAAAUAAAUAAUGUCAAUACAAUACAUUUGAAUAGAAAGUUAGCACAAAUAGAUAAGAUCUUGCUACCAUGGAAAGGUAGAUAUAUAAAUACUUGUCUAUUUGUGGAAAAAUCGCCUUGAUUAAUUAUUUAGUCAUAUUGUUUACCUAUUUACUGAUGGCCCUGCCUAUACCGGACGACUUGUUUUUAAUAUUAUGAGCAAAAAAUGGCAGGCCAGACACAAUUAAACUGGCAUAUUUACAGUGCAUUCGGAAAGUAUUCAGACCCCUUGACUUUUUCCACAUUUUGUUACUUUACAGCCUUAUUCUAAAAUGGAUAAAAAUCAUUUUUUUCCACUCAUCAAUCUACACACACCCAUAAUAACGAAGGUAAAACAUUUUUUUUUGAAAUUUUUGCAAAUGUAUUACAAAUUAAAAAUGGAAAUAUCACAUUUACAUAAUUAUUCAGACCCUUUACUCAGUACUUUGUUGAAGCACCUUUGGCAGCGAUUACAGCCUCGAGUCUUCUUGGGUAUGUCUCCCAGUCCCUGCUGCUGAAAAACAUCCCCACAGCGUGAUGCUGCCACCACCAUGCUUCACCGUAGGGAUGGUGCCAGGUUUCCUCCAGACGUGACACUUGGCAUUCAGGCCAAAGAGUUCAAUCUUGGUUUCAUCAGACCAGAGAAUCUUGUUUCUCAUGGUCAGAGUCCUUUAGAUGCCUUUUGGCAAACUCCAAGCAGGCUGUCAUGUGCCUUUUUGUUACUGAGGAGUGGCUUCCAUCUGGCCACUUUACCAUAAAGGCCUGAUUGGUGGAGUGCUGCAGAGAUGGUUGCCCUUCUGGAAGGUUCUCAAGAAUGUGGAAAAAGGGAAUACUUUCCGAAUGCACUGUAUAUAAUGAAUAUGAAUUCGGAGAGCUACAAUUAUUAAAUAUUAAAGCAUUGACCCUCUCACUAAUGCUUCAAUCAUAUAAAAGUUAUACUUUAAAUCCGAACUGGUUCUCUAGCAGGUUAGUAAGAAUGGCUCACCCAGUGUUAAAACAUUUCCUUUUUCCAUUUAUUCAGAUUACAAGUUCUCUCACUUUUGGUUAUUUGAAAAUGAAAUCCUCUCCAAAAUAUCACUAUUUUAAAACAAGCCAUAGAAAGCUGGUUGCAAUUUCAGUUUAAUCCACCAGAAAAGACAGAACAAAUAUUAUGGUUAAACUCAAAUAUACUAAUUAAUUUAAAAAACGUAUGUUUUGAUUUUUUUUUCAAAACAGUAUAAUCUUUGUUAAUGAUAUCAUAAAUAGGACUGGUGGAGUUAUGUCACACAUGCAGCUAACAAAUACAGUAUCUCACAAAAGUGAGUACACCCCUCACAUUUUUGUAAAUAUUUGAGUAUAUCUUUUCUAAUUGGGCCCAAUUUGGACAUUUUCACUUAAGGGUGUACUCACUUUUGUUGCCAGCGGUUUAGACAAAAAUGUGAGGGGUGUACUCACUUUUGUGAGAUACUGUAUAUAGAAAUGUCUGAUUGCAGCAUUACGGCAAAAUUGGAGGUGGAAGGGGGAGAAGGUAAAGAACUUGUUUGUCGGCCCUGCAUUAAAGACCAAAGCUGGUUAAAAUGUUAAAUGUUACAUGUGGUUGCUGAGGCUUCCAAUCUGGAUACCCUGUGUGCUGUGUUAUCAGUAGAUGCAGAGAAAGCCUUUGACCGCUUAGAGUGGGAAUAUUUAUGGCUUGUUCUACCAUACAACAAGGAUGUAAACAAGGUUGUCCCGCCUCCCCUAUGCUAUUUGCUCUUUCUCUUGAACCGCUGGCACAAAGCAUACGUCAAAAUUCGGCUUCCUCACAUAUCAAAAUCAAACAAACUGAACAAGCAAUUUCUCUGUAUGCAGAUGACAUACUGCUCUACAUCGCAAACGCUCAGAAAUCCCUCCAGCCAAUAAUGUCUAUUUUCACAGCAUUCAGCUCAUGGUCUGGUUACAAGAUCAACUGGUCUAAAUCAGCUCUACUACCUCUUAACUCGGCUAUGGGAAGUAUGCAACUACCACCUCAGCUAUGUAACUACCACCCAUGAUCCCAGUGAAGAAACAAAUCACCUACUUAGGCAUUACCAUAUCCCCCUCUAUUCACACUACUUGCAGGAAGAACUACUUAGAAACCUUUCAAAAGAUCCAAAAAUACAUAUACAUUUUUUGCUUGCUGGAAUCUCAAUGAUCAAUUAUUAAAAUGAAUGUCCUCCCUCGUAUCAAUAUGAUGAGUUCCAUGUUACCACUGCCUCCUAUAGACUAUUGGUCUAAACUUGACUCUGUCAUAAAGAAGUUCAUUUGGGGGAGAAAGAGACCACAGAUUAAAUAUGCGACACCUAUCAUUCCAAAUGAAUUUCCUGGAGACCUGGUUAAACCCAGACCUGGUUAAACCCAGACCUGGUUAAACCCAGAGGCUUCUGUUCCUUGGCGUGCUAUAGAAGAGUCAAUAGUUUCACCAAUUUAGAUUACAAGAUGUAUUAUUUUCUGGAUUGACUCCUAAAAAAUGUGCAUUAGUGUUUGGACCCAUUAUAGCAUACUCAGUAAAUGUGUGGAAAGCUACAGAGAAGCAUAUGAGAUCUAAUCUGAAAUGGCAUUCAUACUUUCCAAUAUGGCGUAGUAAAGAAUUCUUAGCGUGUAAGAAACCAUUUAUCAGAUUCUUGGUCUAAGAAGGGUAUUUAUACUUUCAAAGACAUAUUCAAUUUGAAUGGACUCCUCAAUUUCCAGGAAAUCCGCCAGUGUUUUAAUGUCCCAGGUUCAUCAUUUUGUCUUUACCUUCAACUCCACCUAUCCAUGCGAGCCUAUGGGGUCCUCUGGGGAGCAGAACUAGCAAUACACCCAUUGGUCAAACUUCUAACGGACAGACGUCCCUCAAAAGGAGUUGUUUCUAAUAUCUAUAGUCAAUUAAUUCUAGUAGCACAAAAACCAUUAACUCUAUCCACUGUAUGGGAAAAUUAUUUUACACUUGCUGACAGACAAAUCAAUUGGGAGACAGUAUGGAAAAAUAUAUUUGGAUCAUUUAGAAACCCCAAUCAUCAAUUAAUUAAUUUAAAAAUGUGCCAUUGAACCUAUCUAACACCUCAAAAAAGACAUCACAUGGGUGUUAGUCCGUCGCCAUUAUGCGAGUUCUGCACCACAGGGGACCUUGGUACUUUUCAGCAUGUGCUGUGGAAAUGUCCAGGGGUGGUUGAAUGUCAUCUCUGUACUUGUAGAUAAAAUACUGCCAUUAGAUCCAAUAGUGAUGUUGCUUUGUGAUGACUCUGAUUUGCACUUGUCAGAACGCCAACGGAGAGUGUGGUUGGCAGGAACCACAGCUGCUAAGAAAAUGAUUGUACAAAGGUGGAUUCCACCUCAUCAGUUACCAUUGCAAAAAUGUCUGCUCACAUUUUAAGGAAAUUGUACUUAUGGAGCUCUCCAUGGCCAGAAUCAACAGGGCCAAGGUGUCCACUCUGGACACAUGGAAAAAAGCAGCAGUGGACAUUUUUUUAACUCUUAACCAACGGGCCUUUACAUCCAUUAAUUUGUCACUAUCUGAGACAAUAUGAUGUAUUGUUCAGCAGAUUUACUAUGUAAUAUUAAUGUAUUUGUUUUUAUCUCAUGCUAUCAGAUUGCCGGGAGGGGGGGGUUGAAAAAUAUAUAUAUAUAUAUAAAUGUAUUGUAUGAAUUUAAAUAAUAACUUGAUGUAAAAAAAAAAGAAAAAAUGGUUAAAGAAAAAUUUAUAAAUAAAAAAAGUAUACCUGUUCCAUUUUAAGAACCAAAAAAUAAACAGCUAUGCCUUACAGGUUGCAAAAUAGUUGGGAAGAGAUUGUGCCGAUUCCAUGGCACAGGGUUUAUGAACUGAUACACAAAAUGACGCUGGAUUCAAAACUUAGUUUUUCAAUUUAAAUUAUUAUACAAAAUUCUUGCAAUCAAUAGAAUGUUAUAAUAAUGGUGGAUACAACCAUCCCAGCUCUGCAGAUUUUGCUCCGAAGAGACAGAAUCAUUAGAUCAUUUGUUUUGGUACUGCACAUGUGUAGCUAGUUUUUGGUCUCAGGUUCAGGAAUGGCUGAAAAAUCAGAUUUACUUAAAGCUAUCUAUGCAAAUAGCACUGCCGGGUGACUUAAAGCCAUGGUCAGUCGAUCAAUACUAUAAUAGUACUUUUAGUGAAGGUGUUAAUCUUUGAUUUAUAAUCUGUGGAAACUGAGAAUAGAAAGGUUCAGAACUUUUGUGAAACAUCAGAGCACAGUUGAAAAAUAUCUGGCAAGUGGAAGUCAAGACUGGAUGGUUUUUAGAGAUAGAUGGGAAGGGUUGAUGGUAGCUGAAGGGUGGGAUAAAUAAAUAGAGAGCACUAAUGUAAAAUGUACUGGGUCUGUAAAAUGUAUAUAGUAUGCGUAAGCUGGAAGUAGAAGCCUAAGUAUUGUUGUCCAUUAGUUUACUCCAAUUAGGGGAGGGGAGGUAGGGUUAGAGGGAAAAUAAUGGGAAAAAUAUAUAUAUUUUUUAAAAGAUAUGAGUGAUUGGAAAUUAUGCAAAUUAUAACAUUGAUAAAACCCACAAUCUGCAAUAUUAAAGCUGAUCUAACCCCCCCCCCCCCAAAAAAAAUAAAUAAAAAAAGAUGAUUAGUCCCAUAAAAAUGUUGGGGUGCAUAAACAAGCGUGUGCACACAGGAGGUCCCGUACCAGGAAGAAAUUACAUCUACUUUCACCCCUGCAUAUCACUGACAUAAACUACACUGUGUUCAUUUGUAGUUUUUGGGAACAGGUGGAGCGAAGACGCUGAAAAUAAUUUUGUUGUUUUUAAUAUAUACACACACAUACAUAUACACACACACAUAUACAGUUGAAGUCGGAAGUUUACAUACACUUAGGUUGUAGUCAUUAAAACUCGUUUUUCAACCACUCCACAAAUUUCUUGUUAACAAACUAUAGUUUGGCAAGUCAGUUAGGACAUCUGCUUUGUGCAUGACACAUGUCAUUUUUCCAACAAUUGUUUACAGACAGAUUAUUUCACUUAUUCACUGUAUCACAAUUCCAGUGGGUCAGAAGUUUACAUACACUAAGUUGACUCUGCCUUUAAACAGCUUGGAAAAUUCCAGAAAAUGAUGUCAUGGCUUUAGAAGCUUCUGAUAGGCUAAUUGACAUCAUUUGAGUCAAUUGGAGGUGUACCUGUGGAUGUAUUUCAAGGCCUACCUUCAAAUUCAGUGCCUCUUUGCUUGACAUCAUGGGAAAAUCAAAAGAAAUCAGCCAAGACCUCAGAAAAAAAACUGUAGACCUCCACAAGUCUGGUUCAUCCUUGGGAGCAAUUUCCAAAUGCCUGAAGGUACCACAUUCAUCUGUACAAACAAUAGUAUGCAAGUAUAAACAUCAUGGGACCACGCAGCCGUCAUACCGCUCAGGAAGGAGACGCGUUCUGUUACCUAGAGAUUAACGUACUUUGGUGCGAAAAGUGCAAAUCAAUCCCAGAACAACAGCAAAGGACCUUGUGAAGAUGCUGGAGGAAACGGGUACAAAAGUAUCUAUAUCCACAGUAAAACAAGUUCUAUAUUGACAUAACCUGAAAGGCCGCUCAGCAAGGAAGAAGCCACUGCUCCAAAACCGCCAUAAAAAAGCCAGACUACGGUUUGCAACUGCAGAUGGGGACAAAGAUCGGACUUUUUUGAGAAAUGUCCUCUGGUCUGAUGAUACAAAAAUAGAAUGACCAUCGUUAUGUUUGGAGGAAAAAGGGGGACGCUUGCAAGCCAAAGGACACCAUCCCAACCGUGAAGCACGGGGAUGGCAGUAUCAUGCUUUAGGGGUGCUUUGCUGCAGGAGGGACUGGUGCACUUCACAAAAUAGAUGGCAUCAUGAGGAAGGAAAAUUAUGUGGAUAUAUUGAAGCAACAUCUCAAGACAUCAGUCAGGAAGUUAAAGCUUGGUCGCAAAUGGGUCUUCCAAAUGGACAAUGACCCCAAGCAUACUUCCAAAGUUGUGGCAAAAUGGCUUAAGGACAACAAAGUCAAGGUAUUGGAGUGGCUAUCAGAAAGCACUGACCUCAAUCCUAUAGAACAUUUGUGGGCAGAACUGAAAAAGCGUGUGCGAGCAAGGAGGCCUACAAACCUGACUCAGUUACACCAGCUCUGUCAGGAGGAAUGGGCCAAAAUUCACCCAACUUAUUGUGGGAAGCUCUUGGAAGGCUACCCGAAACGUUUGACCCAAGUUAAACAAUUUAAAGGCAAUGCUACCAAAUACUAAUUGAGUGUAUGUAAACUUCUGAACCACUGGGAAUGUGAUGAAAGAAAUAAAUGCUGAAAUAAAUAAUUCUCUCUACUAUUAUUCUGACAUUUCACAUUCUUAAAAUAAAGUGGUGAUCCUAACUGACCUAAAACAGGGUAUUUUUUACUAGGAUUAAAUGUCAGGAAUUGUGAAAAACAGAGUUUAAAUGUAUUUGGCUAAAGUGUAUGUAAACUUCAGACUUCAACUAUAUAUGCACACACACACACUCUAUUCCCAGGUAUUGUCUCUGGCAUAAACCAUAACUAAUGAACAUAGUGUGAGGAAGGUGAACUAACCAGCCUUUCAACCUAUUAAUUACCAUGAUGAUGUUUUCUGACGGUGCAGAGUGACUUCGCUGUACUGUACUUCCAGGCUCUAAUAAUGAUGCUAUGUUUGUUGAACAGUUGGUGAUAAUGGGGUCUUUCCCACUGGAGAUGAAUUGAUGCUUAUCACUUCAUCUCAGACUCCUCUAGCUCCCUUUCUCCUCAUUCUGUAGGCAUAUGUGAACAUUUGUGUGGUACCACCGUAUUGGAUGGACUGUAAAAAACUAUGGAUUUGAUAGUUAUGUUCGCGUUACUCAUUUUGGGAUUGAGACACAGCCCACCUCUGACCCUGGUUUGACCCUGGUCAGGUGACUGUCCUUCAGGAGGAGCGGAACAGCCUAUUGGCUGAGAACGACGUGCUGACGGACCGAGCCAAUCAGCUGGACUCGUUUGAUGAUCCAAGCACGCCCUCUGGACGGAAACACAGCCAGCUACAGAUACAGCUAGAGACACUACAGGAGGAGAACUUCAGGUGUGUGUGUGUCAAUGAAAACACAUUGCACUGGGAUGAUGCUUAGUCAUUCAGCACAGCGCUUACAGAUAUCUCCCUCUGUCUGUGUCUAGGCUGGAGGCAGCUAAGGAUGACUACCGGAUCCACUGUGAAGAGUUGGAGAAGCAGCUGAUCGAGGUUCAGCAUCGUAACGACGAACUUACCAGCCUGGCCGAGGAGUCACGAGCACUUAAAGACGAACUCGACAUCCUCAGGUGUGUGUUUGGUGGCAUUCCAGGUCGUCUUUAUUGCAGUUGUGCUGCAUAGAUGUGCAUCACACCGGCAAAAUGACAACCUGGAAUGACUCCAUCAUAUCUCUUUUAAUCCUAUCUGUAAUCUGUGCUGUUUGCAUUGGCUAACAAGCUAAUCAGAAGCCCCUCUCAUCAAUUGAGUUGAUUGAAUACUGGUGUAUAAAUGGGAGUGGGAGACAGGAAGUGGUUAGUUAGAAGCAAGGGUAGACCAGUGAGAAUGUUUGUGUUUUGGUCCUUCACGGUGCCCGUUUUAUUUAUUUCUCUUUAUAAAUUGAAUUAAAUGCAAUUCUCUCGUUUGUGUGUUUUUUGUGUGUAGGAGCUGUUCAGACCGUGCUGUGAAGCUGGAGGCGUCAGUGGAGACAUACAGGCGUAAACUGGAGGACCUGGGAGAUCUGAGGAGACAAGUCAAACUGCUGGAGGAGAAGAACAUGACCUACAUGCACAACACUGUCAGUCUGGAGGAGGAGCUACGCAAGGCUAAUGCUGCCCGCGCACAGCUAGAGACAUACAAGAGACAGGUGAGACAUAUCUGAGAAUAUACUGGAGACAGGAACAUUCUUAAAGUUGUCCCCUCCCUUUUGCACUAUAGGUCUGACAGCACUGGGUUGAGGAAAGCUACAUGGUGGAACUCUGAAGCUUUUGCCCUCACCUACCAAGUUGUCUCUGAGGAGACAAACAGCCAAUCAGGGGGCUUACUAAAGCUAUUUCCUGUUUCCUGCCAGGUCCAGGAGCUGCACCGGAAGUUGUCAGAGGAGUCUCGGCGGGCAGACAACCUGGCCUACGAGAUGAAGAAGUUUGAGGAGAAAUACGACGCCGUGAUGAAGGAGAAAGAGGUACUGACUGGAUCCCAACACUUUCUACUGCAACCUACCUGGUCCCUCUGAUAUGCAAACACAGUAGGGGAAGGAACUAAGGAAUUUUUUCUGACAAUAAUCUACUAUUGGCUUAUCUCCUCUCUCUGUCUCCUGAUGUUGAUGUCAUCAGAAGAUCAUCAUUGAGCGAGACUCUCUGAAGGAGACCAAUGAGGAGCUACGCUGUAACCAGGCUCAACAGGACCAGCUCCGACAAGCAGGUAGCUCAUUGGAACAUCACACUGACUGUUUGGUGCUGAAUAUGAUUGGAAAGUAAAGGUUUCUUUGAUAAACGGUGUGGGCGUAUUCGACAUUGCCGCUGACUUUAAAGGCGAGUUGAGACAGACUGAUCUCCAAAUCACCUUGCAUCAUAAAUAACUACUAAUGGUAUUUGUAGAUCACAAUCAGUCACAGAUACAUCAUGGUUUUGAUGCUCUCCCACACGGCCUGUGUCUCUGAGGCUUACAAAUACACAUGGUUACUGAUCUCCUCUCUCUCCACAGGGAUGGCAGGGAUGCCAGCUGGCAGUCCAAGCCAUGAUAACCUUGCUGCUGAAAUCCUACCUAUAGAGUACAGGUAAUAAUUUAAUAAUUGUGUUGGUGUGUGAGACGCUGACUGCACUAACUGUGUCCUUGUCCGUACAGGGAGAAGUUUAUCCGGCUCCAGCAUGAGAAUAAGAUGUUGCGUGUGCAGCAGGAGGGAUCAGAGAAUGAGAAGAUCUCUGAACUACAGACACUGCUAGAGGAGGCACACCGAACACGCUCUGAACUGGACACUGAGAACAGGUGCGUGGUGUGUGGGUGGCGCUAGCUGGCACCUUUUCACUUAUGCGGUCUUGGAUGUUUUACUUCCUAGUUGACGGUAAUCUACUUCCUGUGUGUGUGAUGUACUUCCAGGUUAAACCGGGAGAGAGUCACUGAGCUGCAACAGCAGGUAGAGGAUCUACAGAAAAGCCUACAGGGCCAGGGGGCCAAGACUGAUGAUGUGAGUUACACACUAUACAGUACAUGCAUAGACUUUACACAUACUGCUAUGUCAAACGUUAACCCUACAUACUGUCUCAUAUGUACAGUAGCAGCUCUAAGGUAACGGUAGCUGUGUUCUCUCUUGCAACUGCUCUUUAUUUUCAGUCUCACCUGAAGAGGAAACUGGAUGCUCAUAUGUAAGUAUGGUCCAUACUGCUUUGUGAGACCUCCAUGUUACUCCUAAGAGAGAGAUGUAUAAAGUAAGGUGUUUUAUUACACAGGGUGCAACUGAACGAGGCGCAGGAUGAGAUCAUGAAGAAGAAAGAACUGCUGGAGGACCUGCAGCCAGACAACACACAGACCUGUGAGUACAACUAACACAACCAUAACAUGACCACAACAUUGGCGGUAUAGUUUUCAGAGUAACCCUAGUGAGCGUCGUCUGUCUCUGUCCCUUAGCUCUGAGACUGGAUGAGCUGAUGGCUUCUCUGAAGAAGAAGGAUGACGACAUGAGAGCAAUGGAGGAGAGAUACAAGAUGUAUCUGGAGAAGGCACGCAAUGUGAGUUGUCAUUCCUUCGUCUCUUAUCCAACUAGCAGCUGGACAAAAAGUGUAGAAAAAGGUAGUGUCUCUAUUUGCUGCUGCUCCCACCAGUGACGUCUGAUGAAGCCCUCGGUCUCUGUCUGUCUCGGUGCUGUAGGUGAUCCGUGCGUUGGACCCCAAGCUGAACCCAGCCACAGCAGAGAUCCAGGCUCUGAAGAACCAGCUGUCGGACAGAGACAAGAGGAUCCUCAGUCUGGAGGUAACGCUGACCUUUAACCCCUGGCCUCUCUCCUUAACCCUCAGCCAGGAGGCACUCAUUCACAGGGGGAUCCAUAGUACUUAUCUCACAAUGCACUCUCGACCUCUGGUAUUGAUAGUCUCUCUCUGUCUCUGUGUGUAGAGGGAGUGUGAGCAGGCAAAGCUGAGAGAGUAUGAGGAGAAGCUGAUUGUAACAGCAUGGUACAACAAGGUUAGAACAUGAAAUCAGAAUAGACACACCUCAUAUUUCCUUUGAAAAUAAAUUAAGGAAUGUAAAAUGUACAUACGUUAUAUUUAUCUUUUGUUCCAACUUAAAUAGACAUGCAUGUUGUGUCUCUUCCACUCCAGAGUCUGAGCUUCCAGAAGCUGGCGAUCGAGGCCCGUCUGGGGGGUCGCUCCACCUCCAUGGUGCCCCCCGGUCAGUCCUUCCUGUCCCAGCAGCGCCAGGUCACCAACGCCACCCGCAGGACCCUCUCUGUCAGCGUGCCUGCCACCACUGCUAACUAGACCUGGGAUGGGUGACUGCUGAGGUGGGCCACUGUGUAUACAGGCUUCUGCUGUUAAAGUUAAACCAUGAUUAGUUCAAUCAGGUGUGUUAGUGCUGGGCCGGAACAAAAGCCUGCUGACACGGCGGCCUACUAGGACCGGGGUCUCCCACAUCUGAAGUAAACAAACAAAUGGCUCUUCUCUCGCUCCCUUCCACAAGUGCACACUCAAGUGACCUUAAACACACUAGCUCUCGGCCCCUGGGGAGGGGACAAGCAUGCACUGACUGACGUGAACAUGAGCACUUGGUCUAGUCCGUGUUCCCUCUUCCUCACUGAUGCACUGUACAGUAAUAUACCGCACAGUACCAUACAACAGCACUGCUGCUUAUAAUCACCUGGAAUGAGUUUGGUCUGAGUAGGCAACCCUACCCACAUGCUUUAUUAGCCUUAGCCUAGCACAUAGCACUGACUGAGCCCUACAAUAUACCUGUGUUAGCCUAGCUAGCGUCAAGCUCUGACUGGAAUGCCUAUUGAACUAACCUUGAUUCUUAAUCUCGACUUCCUGACAUGCUGUAUAUUGAGUCAGGGAUAUAUAUAUAUAUAUAUA